AAUAUGUUUUGGCUUCUGGGAGUGAUUUCCUGCUAUGGGCUUUUCAUUGGCACUGGUACGGGGGUCCGUGUUUCUACAAGUCCGAAUGUUGUUAACAUUGGCGCUAUUUUGUGUUUCAAUUCUUCCAUUGGGAAAGUUGCAAAAGUUGCAAUAGAAGCUGCAGUCGAAGAUGUGAAUUCAAAUCCAGCAGUUCUAAAAGGAACUAAACUGAAACUUGCCACGCAGGAUACAAAACAAUCUAGUGGGUUUCUGGGAAUCAUUGAAGCUUUGCGGUUUAUGGAGAAUGAUACAGUGGCCAUAGUUGGUCCCCAACAAUCAGUUAUGGCCCAUGUAAUUUCACAUAUUGCAAAUGAGCUCCAAGUCCCUCUAUUAUCCUUCGCAGCAACAGACCCCACCUUGAAUUCACUUCAGUUCCCUUACUUUGUUAGAACAACGCAAAGUGACAUAUUUCAGAUGGCUGCUGUAGCAGAAAUCAUAAACUAUUACGAAUGGCGAGAUGUAAUAGCUAUCUACGUUGAUGAUGAUCAUGGGAGAAAUGGGGUUGCUGCAUUAGGUGACAAGCUCGCUGAGAAACGUUGUAAAAUCUCGCACAGAGCACCUUUGAGCCCCAAAGUAGGCCGAAAUGAAAUCUCUGAUACACUACUUAAAGUGGCGUUGAUGGGGUCUCGGGUUAUUAUCCUCCACAUAUAUGCUACCUGGGGUUUAGACGUAGUUGAUGUGGCACGGAACAUGGGGAUGAUGGGAAGUGGAUAUGUGUGGAUAGCUACUGAUUGGCUCUCUACUGUACUUGACACAGAAUCUUCCCUCCCUCCAACCGCAAUGGAUGGUAUUCAAGGGGUUCUUACCUUACGUAUGCACACUCCGGAUUCGGAACUCAAAAGGAAAUUUGUUUCGAGAUGGAGCAACUUGACAGGCGGGGUUUUCGGACUAAAUAUUUAUGGUCUGUAUGCCUACGACACUGUUUGGCUUCUUGCUCAUGCACUCGACGCAUUUUUAAAUAAGGGGGGGAAUAUUUCAUUUUCAAAUGAUCCGAGAUUAACCGAGUUCCACGGAGGGAACUUGCAUUUUGAUAGUAUGAGCAUCUUUGAUGGAGGGAACAUGUUGCUUACUAGUAUUUUAGAGGUGAAUAUAAGUGGUGUAAGUGGCCCAAUCAAGUUCACUUCAGAUGGGAAUCUCAUUGGUACUGCAUAUGAAGUCAUCAAUGUCAUUGGCACUACUGGGAUAAUGAGAAUCGGUUAUUGGUCCAAUUCUUCCGGCUUGUCAACUUUGCCUCCAGAAGAGAUCAACGCACAAAUGAAUAUUUCUCGUUCAAAUCAUCUAUACGGUGUCAUCUGGCCGGGACAAACAACUGUAAAGCCUCGUGGGUGGGUAUUCUCAAGCAACGGAAAGCAAUUGCGAGUUGGAGUCCCAGUCCAAAUUAGUUUUCGUGAAUGUGCUUCCCGAGUGGAUGGCUCUGAUGUUUUUCAUGGUUAUUGCAUUGAUGUAUUUAAUGCUGCACUGGCGUUAUUACCAUAUGCAGUUCCGUAUAAGUUCAUUCCAUUUGGAGAUGGACAUAGAGCUGUCAAAUACGAUAAUCUUCUGCAGAUGAUCACAACGAAUGAAUUUGAUGCUGCAGUUGGUGACAUUACAAUUACCACCAAUCGGACAAAGAUAGUGGAUUUUACGCAGCCAUAUAUCGAGUCUGGGCUUGUCGUAGUGGCCCCAGUUCAAAAGCUUAACUCUAGUGCUUGGGCGUUUUUGAGACCAUUUACUCCAAUGAUGUGGUUUGUCACAGUUUUAUUUUUUCUUGCUGUGGGAGUAGUUGUUUGGAUUUUAGAACGCAGAACAAAUGAUGAUUUUCAGGGCCCCCCUAGAAAACAGGUUGCCACCAUCGUUUGGUUUAGCUUUUCAACUUUGUUCGCUACUCAUAGAGAAAAGAUUGACAGCGUUCUCGGUCGCAUAGUGCUUCUAAUAUGGCUUUUUGUAGUUCUAAUACUCAAUUCCAGUUACAUUGCAAGUCUGACCUCAAUCCUUACGGUCGAACAACUUUCUUACUCUGUCAAAGGAAUUGAAAGUUUAAUCAUAAGUGACAAUCCCAUUGGUUACGGGCAAGGUUCAUUUACUGAAAAUUAUUUGAUAAAGGAGCUCAACAUACAAAAGUCCAGGCUUGUUCCUCUCAACUCAUUUGAAGACUUUGAGAAAGCUUUGAACGAUGGCCCCAACAAGGGUGGUGUUGCUGCAGUGGUUAGCGAGCGAGCAUACAUGGAGCUCUUCCUCUCCAGUAGAUGUGAAUUCGGUAUAGUAGGUCAAGAGUUCACCAAAAUGGGAUGGGGUUUUGCUUUUCCACGGGAGUCGCUCCUGGCACUUGACAUGUCAACUGCCAUCUUAAAGCUGUCAGAGAGUGGGGAAUUACAAAAGAUUCAUGACAAGUGGAUUUCAAGACAAGCUUGCAGCUCAGAAGGUGCAAAGCAAGUAGACCGCCUCCCGCUUACAAGCUUCUAUGGGCUCUUUUUACUGUGUGGCUCAGCUUGCUUUGUUGUUCUCCUUUUGUUUCUUGUUAAGAUGGUUCACCAAUACACGAGGCAUUCUGGCCGGAGCUCGCAAUCAUUUUUCUCUUUUGUUAAAGAAAAGGAAAACCAUGUUCAUAAAAUGACAGAGCCAGAAAAUGGCAGAGACAAUGAAAAGUGA